AUGAAAUACCCGUGCAGUCUCAACGUCCACAUCUCGGUCGAAACCGUCACCCUCAUCGGACUCACCUUUCUCACUGUCCUUUCAUUCCUCUAUCACUCAAUGAUCAUGGCACGGAAAAGGAGGAGCGGCACUCCCAAGCCUCAGGGCACGCAGAGUGCCCCGGGCACACCAGUCCCCCAGUCGGCUGGCCCGACUGCCACACCCACCGCCACAACAUCAUCCAAGGCGGUGACGACACCAAGAGGUCCCGAAGCCAAAGACCAGGCAAAGGCGGCCGCGAGUGCUCCCACAGUGAGGGUCGACGGCCGGCCGGAGAAUUCUCCCUACGGAAGCCCGUCUUGUACUGUCCCCUUCGCGAGCCCCCUCACGGUGCCGCUAGACAUCCUCAAGAAGAGCCCCAAGCUUUACGCCGCCUAUGAGGCCGGGCAGCCCGAGCUCUCCACCAUCCCCCAUGAUGUUGGCCAUGUGCUCGUUCACUUCCUCCACACCGGCCAUUACGAGUCGCUCAAGCCGAAGCUUGGCGACGCGAGGUCGCGACAGAUUGCCGAGCUCAGGACGGCUGUCCAGACCUAUGCCGCUGCGAGGGCGUACGAGCUCCCGGGCCUGAUGCGCCUCGCUGAGGGCAAGAUCGACAGGUUCAGCAAGGGCCUUCCGCUUCCAGUGUUGCUUGAAGUGGCCCGGGAUGCCUACCCGACCUUGACCGAGGGGGAUGCGUGGUUCCUCAACUACCUUCGGUCCCGCAUCCGCCCGCAUCUCAAGGACCCCAAGGCGCUGAUUGGGUCCAGCCUGUUGGACCAGAUCAGCGACAUCCUCUCUCCCCACCGAGUCCUUCUCAGGACGGUUCUUGAGCUCUUCUGCGAGAGAAGUGCCUCCUCGCCCGAGGGUGGGGCUUCUUUCCCCAUGAGCGCCCUCGCAAGCCCUGUGACGAGCCCGGCCACUUCCCGGCCCGUCACCCCGCUGCCUUCGACGUCGCCCCUGUCGCUGCUUGAGAUGAGGUCGAGGUCCAUUGUCCGGGAGGACUACACAUCUCGGAAAUCUUCGAGGUCGACCCCGCAGGCGUCGCCUGAACCAGUUCAUUCGGAGAUCGCUCCGCCGACCUUCGAGGCCAAGCCGGUACCAGAGCCAGCCCCAGCGGUGGCGCCAUUCCCGGACCUCGGCCCUGUCAUCGCCGAUCUAGCCCCCGCCCGGGGUCUGUCUACUUCCGCCGGUAUCGCCGUGGCUGACAUCGCUUCCGAGCAUGUCCCCGAGCCGGAGGCCAAGGAUGUGGCGGAGCCUGUCAACGCCGGUGUCGAGUCGGAGGAUGAGGCUGACGCUGGGGCGCAAGUUGAUGAGUACAUCCGACCGUCUGUCGAAGUUCCCGUUGGAGUCCACGCCGAGACUCCUGCGGAGCUUGAGGUCGUGACUGGUGCGGAGCCCGCAUUCGAACUGGGAGAGGAAGAGGAUGAAGAGGAGGACGACGAUGAGGAGGACGAUGGGGAAGAGGAGGAGGAAGAGGAGGAGAAAGGCAAGCAGGAAGCGGCCGUUGCCGACUCCACCCCGGCUGCUCUGCGGGAACGCAAGGACUCUGGUAAGGGAAUCGAGCUUGAGCCUAAUGCCAAGGAAGUUGAGUCUGCUUUUGAGCCGGCGACUGAGCUCGAGACUGGGUCCAAGCCCCAGCUCCCUGUCCGAUUGCCCGUGUUCCGUGAAGCCGAUUCAGGGUUUUGGGAAGGCGCGGACGUUGAAUCCGCCAAGGAGACAGCGCCCUCGUUCGUCGAGCUCGAGCCCGUCCCUGAGCCGACCUCCGAGGCCGUCCAUGAGGUGAGGUCGACCGCCGGCCCGAAGGAGGUUCGCGGUACCGACACUCGCGACUUUGCCGACUCUGAUGCGGAAGGCAAGACCGGCCGCGAGGACGAAGCCGAGGAAGAGGUUCCGGCCAACGAGACGGCUCUCGAGGCGCUGCCGACAGCGGAAUCCAGCACCGCCUCCGCUGGGGCUCAUUCGGAGCUCAAGAACCCUCCCGUCCCCGCGGUCGAUGGAGCCGCCAAGGAUCUUGUCGAUAUUGCCCCCAUCCAAAAGGAAGUGGCCGAAGUGGUGGCCCAGAGCAAGGAAGACGAGGCACAGCCGGAGCCAGAGAAGAUCCAAACGGAGCUCCUGGAGCUGGAAACAGGGGCGAAGCCGGAGCCCGAGCCCGAGGCGGAAUCGUCGAAGGCGGUCCGGCCGGUUGACGAUGCUGAGCCCACUGGGGGCGCUGACUCCUCGGAAGCUGAGCCCGGCGUCGAGUCGGGAUCGCAGCCCGCUGGGAAGCUCACGAUUCAGCGUGCGAAUACCGACUCGGCCGUCCACGCCGCUGGGCGUGCUGCUAAGGCCGUCACACCCGAGGCUCUUCUCGACGCAGAGCGUGGGGCCGAACAGCAAGAAGAGGCACGGGUUGAUGCCGGUGCGGAUGGGCUCCAGCCCUGCAGCGCUCAAGUAAGGCACAAGAGCUGGAAGAAGCGCUUUCUUAGCCUCCGCUACCCCGUCCUCUUUGGCCGGGGCAUGUGA